AUGUCAACUCUAUAUCCCUCCUCGAUAGAAUUGCCUUAUGCCGGACGCAUCGACUCAGUCGCCCAAACCGCACCGCCGCUUUUUGUGAAUACACAUUCCGUUGAUGCCCCCAAAAGGAGGCAGCGGUUCUCCGACAUCCCUUAUCGUUAUAUUUUGAGCAGUCCAAUCACUACGCCGCACCCUGCAUUGGGCGCCGUCCUGCGACUCGGUCCGGAUUACAUAUGUUUUCAUCGGGCGAGCGGAGUUGACUUCCAAGUCUGGAAACCAUCAGCCGCUUACGUGUUUCCGUUUGUACAACCGCUGUUCUUGGCUUCAUUUGUAAUUUCGGUAGCGCUCUCACCAUUACCACCACCAUCCAGACGGAGACGACGACGACGACGAGGGAUGUUUUCCUCGCUUAAUUCCCUUCUUCCGUCUGUGCUACACCUCAACUCAUCUCCUACGGCGCCAAAACCGAUUGUUAUUGAAGACGACGAAGACGAUGUACAGGAAGAGGCAGUUAAAAACGAAUCCAAGACGGAGAGAAGAGAAAGAGAGAAAAAAGCCAGCGAAACAUUUAUUUUUGUACGGCCACCGCCGGCAAAGUCUAACCAUCCACUGAAUCUUCAAGUCCAGCUUGUCCCACCAAAUACCCGUGCCCCAGGUCUGCCUACCCCCCGGCAGUCUAUCGACGAUACCCUUCCUGAAACUCCCUUGAGCCGCACCCAGUCCAACCUAUCUUCGACAUCCUCUUUUUCUUCCGUUUCAUCCACCGCGAGCGGGAGGCGCAUGAUCAUCCCUCUCUACAACUUGCAGGCUCACAAUGUCAUGACGAACAUCGUCGUCGAUGCUGGGACUGACGCCAAAAUUGCUAAAUUCGCCAAAAGGGGAAUGGAGUUGAUUGAUUUGGCUGUGAUGGAGCCUGUGGAAGUUUGGGCAGCGUCCAAGGUCGACAACCGGGAGGUGAAACAGCAGGAUUCGCGUUCAUCAGCUGGCGCUUUGAUGCCUCCGACCGGACCCAGCCCUGCAUCGAGCGCUGUUUCACUGUCAAGUGCCGGCUCACAUGCCCCUUCUGCUACCAGCGACAAGGCUCGGAAGAACCUAUUCGGCAAGAUGUUCAAGCGAAAUUCCAAGGAACCUGCCACGCCAGACAUGACGCCAACGCAAGCACGGCAUACCCGGAAUCUGUCUGCCGGCUCGAUGCACCGUUCGCCGUCACCCAUCUUCCCGCGAAGGUCUGUCGACGUGCCACUGGCAGAGAAGGAGGAACCACAAGCAGCUAACGUUCCCCGUGAAGUCCUCCUUCCGGCAACACUCGGUAUCCAGCCUCUUUUGUCGAUAUCAACCACCAACCCCGCAACUUACCCGAACCUUGUCUCCUUAUUCACGUCUUCGGCUUAUCCACCAGCAGUAAGAGGGGUGUUUAAUGGUCGUGGACCCGCGAUGUAUGUCUGGACCGUGAGGCGGUGGCUCAAGGGGGACGUGGGCAGUGUACUCGGAGGCAUGUUGCGAGGAUCAAAUCAAAUCGUAGUCGGGGAAGGCAGUGAAGUUCGUGUUGAAUGGCGACGGGGGAAACCGAAAAAGAAGCGCGCCAAGAAUCCUAAUACACCCGCCGCGCCCCGUAGAAAGCGGACAAGUGUGGGGAGUGGAAGCUCGACGUCAGCGACGAGUGCGGAGGGAUUUUCAAGAUUGAAAACAGGAGAGGACGAUGGAGAGGAGAGUGAUCCGGAAGAUUCAGAAACGCCGUGGACGUGUACUGUCAAGGUGAAAAGCCUUGGCCCGUUGCUACCGAGGACGCCAACGUCGACGAAUAGGAAUUUUUUUCCGUCGCCGCGCACUGUGCCAGAGGCGCGGUCUGUGAAGGUCAAGGUUGGGACGCUCUCGCCGACACCGCAUCAUCCAAAGGUGGUUGCGAUGCUCAAGGUGCCGUAUCCAUUACCAGACGUAGAGGUUGAGCGGGUUGGGAUCGUAAGGAGAAGGGUGGUCAGUCUCGAGGAGGGGGUGGGAGAAGGGGGUGGGAGAAAGGUGGUUAGUGAAGGCACUCCCACGGGCCUCGUGUUUACAGCCGAGGAGAUUAAGGAUGUCGUUUGCAGUACGGGGUUAUGGCUCGUCGUAAGAGAGGGCUUUGGAGGGGUAGGUAAGGUCAGUCGGAAAGGCGAUGGAUGGAGGAUAAGGGCAUGAUCUGCUCAAGUAUUUUUUUUAUUUGGAGGAGGAGGAUGCGGGAGAGAUAUUAUUCGUGCGUAUGCUUCCAAAUUUGUGCUAUUUACUUGCUUUUUUUUU